AUGAAAAAACACGUCUCAUUGUUGUUUAUUAUAUUAUACAUAUGUCACCGAGGUUACGUUAAAAGUACUCGCAUUACAAGGAGUAAAUAUCACAAUUAUAAGGGGAAUGAAAAAAUUGCAUUUAAUGAAAAUGGGAAAUUAAGGAAUAUAGAAAAACAUGCAAGUAUUUUAUGUAAUGCAGUAUCAUGUAAUAAUACAAAUGAUAUUUCAUUUGUUAAUCAAAAAAAAAAUAUGGGAAAAGAAGAUGAAGAUUUAGUUGACUUAUAUGAAGAUGAUGAAGUGUCUACGUCUGCAGGGGAUUCCUCAUCGGAUGAAGCAUAUUUAAGUGAUAGUGAAGAGGAAGAGAAUGAUGAUAACCAAGAUGAAAAUGAAAAUGGCUAUUUAAGUAACAUGAAUAAUCAGGAUUUAAAUAAUGAGGAUAAAGGAAUAAAAAAACAUUUUAAAAUUGAAAAAAAUGAAGAACAUAUAAAUGAAAAUAAAAAAAAAGCUGAGGAAAAUUUUAAAAGAUAUAAAUUUAAUGAUGAAAACAAAAGUGAAACUGAAAGAAAAUUAAAAAGAAAAGAUAAUAUAUUCCACAAGUAUACAGAUAAUGACAACAAUAACGAUGAUGAAGAUGAUAAUAAAGAAGAUAAUAAAAAUGAAGGUAAUAUAUUAAACAAUAAAGGUAUAGUGAAAGAUAAGAUGAAUGUGUUUCCAGGACUAUAUUUUGUAGGUAUAGGUUAUGAUUUGCUUUUUGGAAAUCCAUUAGGUGAGCCAGACUCCUUAACGGACCCUGGGUAUAGGGCGCAAAUAUAUUUAUUAAACUGGGAACUGAGUAAUAGAGGAGUAGCAAAUGAUUUAAACACCCUACAGCCAUUAAAUGGAUGGAUAAGAAAAGAAAAUGCAUGCAGUAGAGCGGAAAUGAUUAAGGAAUGCUCCAGUAUUUCAGACUACACCAGUAAUUUAUCAUCAGAAGCAAGUGCAUCCGGGGGAUAUAUGACUUUUGCGUCUUUUUCAGCAUCAGUUGGUUAUAAGAAGUUUCUUAGCGAAGUUUCAAAGAGAACAAGUAAAACCUAUUACGUAAAAUCAAAUUGUAUCAAGUAUACCAUUGGGCUACCCCCUUAUGUUCCUUGGGAGAAAACUGAAGCAUAUAUCAAUGCAGUGGAAGGUCUUCCACUGGAUUUCAAUGGACUAGAAAAAGACACUGAAUGCGGAUCGGAUGUAUACGAACAAAACAAAACAUUAGAUGUGUGUAAAAAUAUAUUUCCAUGGAUACAAUUCUUUAAAACAUAUGGCACACACCUAAUUUAUGAAGCUCAAUUAGGGGGUAAGAUAACAAAAAUAAUAAACGUAUCCAAUUCAUCUGUGAAGAAAAUGAAAAAAGACGGAGUAAGCGUAAAAGCUGAAAUUCAAGCUCAGUUUGGAUUUGGAAGCGCAGGGGGUUCAACAAAUGUUAGUUCUGACAGCUCUUCAAGUAAUAAUGAUGAAUCUUAUGAAAUGAGUGAACAAAUGGUUGUUAUAGGAGGAAAUCCAAUUAAAGAUGUAACGAAAGAAGAAAAUUUAUUUGAGUGGUCAAAAACUGUUUCUGAAAAUCCUAUGCCUAUAAGUAUAAAACUUUUUCCAUUAUCCUUUACAUUUGAUUCGGAUGAGUUGAAAAGGGACUACGAAAAAGCGUUACUAUACUAUUCAAGGUUGUAUGGAUUCUCGCCACAUGAUACAAUGCAAAAGGAUGAAAAAGACAUAACAAAAAUAUUAAUAACUUCCUCAACAGUUACGAAGAGUGGUCCACCCCCUAUCAGUGCAGAAUGCCCACAUGAUAUGAUUGUUUUAUUUGGGUAUAUUUUAAAACAGAAUUUCUGGAAUAAUACUGGAAAGCUGAGAGGGUAUGAUAUUGAAUUAUGUGAAUCCGGUUUAAGUAGUUGUACAUCAAAACAAGGGAACUCAAACAAAUAUGAUAUAUCUUAUUUAUAUAUGGAAUGUGGCUCUCAAGUUUUACCCUUUUCUGAUCAAGUAGUGAGUGUAAGUGAUUCAACUUUUAAUACUGUAAAAUGCCCUAAUGACUACACGAUCAUAUUUGGAUUUGGAUUUGCUGCUUCUUCGGGCAGAAAUGAUUCCGCUCAGAAGACUUACGUUACUCCAUGUAGACCAGGAAUGAAGAGCUGCUCUCUAAAUAUGAGCAAGGAAAAUGAUAAGAGCUACAUGUACCUAGUUUGCUUAGAUGGGACAAUAUGGUCUGGCAUAAAUACAUUAACCCUUGUUGCAAAGGACGAUUUUCAUAGUGCAGUAAACAAAUCAAAGAAAUUUAAUGAUGGACAUUUAGACCUCGAAUGCCCUUCAGAAGGUAAAAUAUUAACUGGCUUUUAUGGUGAAAGUCAUACAUCUAGUCCUUAUGUAUCAGCACCCUUUGGAAAAUGCUCUAAGAGCUUGAAAUCCUGUUCUGUGCAUGGGUCUGGUCAAGGCAUAGGAUUUCAGAACUAUAGAACGUUGUUUGUUAUAUUGCUCUGUAUGGAUAACGAACAAUUAAUAACGAAUAAUGAGCAAUGA